CAGCGCUUAGCCAAUCCACCAGCUUCGGUGCCAGGACUGUGCUACCACCAGCACCAUGCCCUACCCAUACCUAGCACUGACCCCGGAGCAGAAAAAGGAGCUGUCUGACAUCGCUCACCGAAUUGUGGCUCCGGGCAAGGGCAUCCUGGCUGCAGAUGAGUCCACCGGAAGCAUCGCCAAGCGGCUGCAGUCCAUUGGCACCGAGAACACCGAGGAGAACAGGCGCUUCUACCGUCAGCUGCUGCUGACUGCCGACGACCGUGUGAAUUCCUGCAUUGGGGGUGUGAUCCUUUUCCACGAGACACUGUACCAGAAGACGGAUGAUGGCCGUCCCUUCCCCCAAGUUAUCAAGUCCAAGGGUGGUGUUGUGGGCAUUAAGGUGGACAAGGGAGUGGUGACCCUGGCAGGAACUGACGGUGAGACCACCACCCAAGGGCUGGAUGACCUGUCUGGACGCUGUGCUCAGUACAAGCAGGAUGGAGCCGAUUUUGCCAAAUGGCGUUGCGUGCUGAAGAUUGGGAAACACACCCCCUCAGCCCUUGCCAUCCUGGAAAAUGCCAAUGUUCUGGCUCGUUACGCCAGCAUCUGCCAGCAGAAUGGCAUUGUACCCAUCGUGGAGCCAGAAAUCCUCCCUGAUGGGGACCAUGACUUGAAGCGCUGUCAGUAUGUAACUGAGAAGGUACUGGCCGCUGUCUACAAGGCUCUGAGCGACCACCAUGUCUACCUGGAAGGAACCUUGCUGAAGCCCAACAUGGUCACCCCGGGCCAUACUUGCACUCAGAAAUUUUCCAGUGAAGAAAUUGCUAUGGCAACUGUCACAGCACUUCGUCGCACAGUGCCCCCUGCUGUCCCUGGAGUCACUUUCCUGUCUGGAGGGCAGAGUGAGGAAGAGGCAUCCAUCAACCUCAAUGCUAUCAACAAGUGUCCCUUGCUGAAGCCCUGGGCCUUGACUUUCUCCUAUGGUCGAGCCCUGCAGGCUUCUGCCCUAAAGGCCUGGGGUGGGAAGGCGGAGAACAAGAAGGCAGCGCAGGAGGAGUACAUCAAGCGAGCCCAGGCCAACAGCCUUGCUUGCCAAGGAAAGUACACCCCGAGUGAUGCAUCAGGGGCGGCGGCCAGUGAGUCCCUCUUCAUCUCUAACCAUGCCUACUGAGCAGAGGUGGGCUAAGGCUGACCCCCCAGCACCCUGGGUCUCUGCCUACCCACUUGCUCUUGAGGAAAGGGGCCUUCAGACUCUCUCCCAUCAAUCCCUCUUGCUGCCUCUCAUGACUUUGGUGUGUGGUGUUGUCUGUGAAUGCUGACUCCAUCAUCCCUUCCAGCUCGAUGCUAAUCAACAACCAUUCAAAGGGGAGGGGAGAAGGGCCAAAUCUGCCCCUUUGUCUUAAAGAUUUAAGAUACCUGCCGUGGAGGCGGCAGGUAUCACAUUUUUCAGGGUAUGUCUGUAAUACCGCUUAAAGAAUCCCCACUCCAGCAACCCCAUGUGUUUUUAAAGUCUGCUUCAAACAGGUGUUUGCUAGUUUCUUUCUUUCUGUCUAGGAACUACUGUAACCUUGAAAGUUUGGACUGUUUUGGUCAGUGGGCAUUUGCCAAACCUCGAGUCUACAUAUCGGUAAAUGUGCUUCUGUUUAACUAUCUUUUCACAGUCAUAAGAGAAAUAAACAUAUAAAAUAAAUGCAUCUCAAUGCAUAGCUG